AACAGAAGUAUUUUCAAACAUACCAACGCACUUUCUCUCACGUACUCUUUGGGUUGACAUGAACUUCUCUAGAGUCAUUUAAAAGGACGAGAAGAGAACAUAUGAUUUUAACUGAAUACGUUUAGAGAGGAGUUUUAUGUGGACUAUUGGAACUUUGUAUUGGCUUUUCUCUGAAAAAAAGGACAACAUGAAAGUCUUUCUCUUCCUCUUGCUGCUGAGACUGAUUUCUGCAACAAAAGGGCAGGGACAAAACAUGAGGGUGCGUAUCAGUGCUUUUGGAGACACCAUCACAUUCAAGUUCUUGCAACCUCGUGUGAACAGCAGAUUGGAGGGAUACAUCCUUGGAUAUGGCAGCAGUAUGUUCUCCAAACAAUUGAUCCAACUACCUGAAGAUGAACAACCCUUUGAAACUGAGAGAGAUGCUGAACCCAAAUAUCUGAUUGCGGUGCGGUCAGCGAAUGACGAUGAACCCGUUAGAAAACAGUGUGCAGGAAAAGUGGAUCUAGAGAAACCAUUACACAUUGUGAUCGGCUCGGUAACAGACUCUUCGGUGCUUCUGUCUUGGGGGACUCUACUGACAACCCCCUUCACGGAUUCCAUUGUGGAAGAUUGUGUUGAAGAUGGACAUUUCACAGUGCGCUACAGGGAGAAGGAACCCAGCAAUAACUGGAACUACCAAACCUGUCCAACCACCAGCACGGUCAUAGACCACCUUAAACCAGAUGCUCUGUAUGAGUUUGAGGUCCGAGCAGACACUGAAACCAAAAGUGGAGACUGGAGCCCACCAAUUAUCCAUAACACAGCUGAUCAAAUAAUUGAUGAACCGUUCAAAGAACUGAAUCAAGCAAGGACUAAGCAGAAGCCAGAUCAACCAUUAUCCUUCCCAGCAGUACCAGUCUUGAAGAACAUCACCCAGGUCAAACCAGCUCCCCUCAUCAGACAAAUUGUUCCACCAGAUCCCUUGAUAACUUCAGAAGCAGAGGAAGUCACAACAGCUUUAAUCUCUGCCGAAGAUCUGAUCCCCUCCACACAGCCCCCUGCAUUCCCUCAGGCACCUAUUCUCCUUCCCACAACAAAGACCACAAGCACAGUGCAGCAUAAAAAGUCCACCAGUCAACCCAGUACAACCAAAUCAGUUCCAGAUAAAAGUGUAACUCCACAACAACCACUGACAACCCGUCAACCUAGUUUUAUCCAACCACAAACCAGCACAUUUCACAGCACAACCCAUUCACAAACAAACACACAGGUUUCAACCGAAGAUCAAUAUACAACCAAGCAACAACUGAUCACAGUUCAACAGCAACUCAGUAAAACAACAUCCAACCCCAUUCCAACACAAACAAAUGCACCACCUCCUCAAAGCACUGUCCAGGAGCACCCCACCCCUCCUAAGGAACAAGACACCAUUACUCCGGACAAUCGCCACACGGGAGAAAUUCAGCCCAGUACCAAACUGCAACGAUUGAGUCCAGUCCCUCGUCCACGAGGCACGUUCAAACAACAAACCACUGACUCUUAUUACUUCCACAGAACCACCUAUUUCUAUCCGUCUAGCACAAUAACACUCUUUGAACAGAAGCCGAACACCAAAUCGCCAACAACACACACAUAUAUGUCCACCAAUGGCUAUUCUUUAUCAAGUAAAUUUUUGUCACCACACACUACUCUAGCAUCCAAGCAGGAUGACGUAGUAUCAGUGCAGACAACCGAUACUAACAAACAUUCUAUUUUUAGUACCAAGUCAUUCAUUUCUAAAGAAUUUUCUACAUUUCCUCAUCACACAAAUAAAGAACAAGAAUCAACUUUACCCCCCAUACAACCACCCACCAUCUUAUGGUACCAGCCCCAUAGUCCCAGCACCACGACACAGAGUUCCAGCACUUCUAAACACAACACGAAUUCUACCCUAACUACUAAACACUACCCAAAUAUUUCUAAAACUGCCAAACACUUCUCCAAAACUGAAUCCCAGUUUGCAAAUCUACCACCUAACCAUAAAGAACAGUUACCAGGUACCUCCAGAAACCUGGAACUGAUGCCUACAAGGUCAAUGCCUUUCGCCAAAUCUGAUGAUAAUCAGGAUUCACCAGUGCCAAAUGAGGUGGACAGUAGAAACCUGGGCAGAGGUGUCUUCCGCAACUCUUCUUCUGUGUCCCGACCCUUGGUGCGAAAUGUGACAAACAGACUGAGGCCGAACGGCCGUGUAUCUCUGCCUACAAAUACCUCAAUGCACCAAAAUCCCACUUUGAACAGGAAAAGGGUACCCAGCGGUGAGCGAAUUAUAGGCCUUCAAGGGACCAAACCUCGGAAGGAACCCAGAAAGAAUCGUGGGAAGACAAAGACGAACCAGGUGUCAGAGAGUAAAGAAAAGGAAAAUGUUAUUAAUCUGAAGCAGAUGGAACCAGUUCCACUGAAACCUUUAGCUCCACCCACUACUGAGAGACCAGCCUAUCAGGAGACACCACUGAAACCAUUGCAAUUGACUUUAAAUGGGAGUCGUUUUGACACAGGUGAUAACUCCUCAGUGUUCAGUCCUCAUCCUGUCUCUGAGAUAGAUGCAAUGGGAAGAAAACGCUUUAUAGCUCCUCAUGUGAUCUAUAAAAUCGACAAACGUCCGGAGGAGCCUUGCUCCGUCACACACUCUCUCAGCUACUUCCCUGAUGAGGAAGUGGGAUACUCGAAUGUCACCGGCCCACCCAAGACUCCUCCUUCCAAUGUUACUGUGGUAACGGUGGAGGGAUGCCCCUCUUUUGUUAUCAUUGACUGGGAAAAAACUGACAAUGAGACCAAAGAAUAUGAUGUUGAAUCCACCACCAAGGGUCCACAUGGAAAGGAGGUGUCCAUUGUGACAACAAAUCAAACGCAUACAGCAGUGGAGAACCUGAAACCAGAGAGCAGCUAUGAAUUCAAAGUGACACCAAAGAAUGAGCUCGGUUCAGGCCCAGCCAGUGACCCGGUCACCUUUAGUACUGAGUCAGCUGAUCCUCGCGUGAGUGAGAUUCCGACUGGUAAAAAUGCUAUUUGGUCAUCGUUUCCAUUCAAGGCGGACUCAUACUCCGAGUGCAAGGGGAGGCAGUACAUAAAACGAACCUGGUACCGCAAAUUUGUAGGUAUCCAGUUGUGCAACUCUCUUAGAUACAAUAUCUACCUUAGUGACUCUCUCAAAGGAAAGUUCUACAGCAUAGGAGAUCUGGCAGGGAAUGGAGAAGACCACUGUCAGUUUGUUGACUCGUUCCUGGAUGGACGAACCGGAGGUCCUCUUGCGCCAGACCAGUUACCACCCAGACAAGGCUUUUUCCGGGCUGUGCGUCAAGAGCCUGUGCAGUUUGGCGAGAUCGGAGGAAAUUCGCUUAUCAAGUACGUGGCCUGGUAUGAGUGCGGGAUACCCAUUCCUGGAAAGUGGUAGGACUCUGACUAGAUGAAAAACAUAACCAGUAAAGAACAUCUGGACAAAAAGAACCGGUUUUAUUCAUACUUAAUGAAUGUGUACAGAUAUGUAGUAUGUACUGCAUCUUUUUAACAGGUACAUAUACAAUUAUUUAUAAUCACACGCAGCGUAUAAAAUACAGAGAAAAGAAUGUUACUAUUAAGAGUAUAAAGUUUUUGAGAAUGGGUAGCAGGCUCCCUGGAAGGCUAAAGCAAAUGUGUAUAUUAUUUAUCAUGAUGUUGAAUAUACCCAACCACUUAAAACUAAAAUGUUGAAGGAUAAAUAUUUUCUUAAAUAUGCCAGGUCAAAUUACAUUGUUUCAGGUUAAAAACCAUCUGUGGCAUAAUGUCAAUUACCAUCUUUUUUAUGUAAUUAUGUUGUAUGUAUACUAUGUAUCGAUACAAGGAACAAAUGGGUUUGGAGGAUCUGUUGUUUUGUACAGAAGUUGAAUGACUCAUUUAAUCAUUUCCAGAAAAAGCUUUAAAAUGUCAAAUUUCAUAAAACGUUUUACAUCGAAUGUUUUGUUUUUAUAAGGUUAAAUGACUCUGCUUUUACCCUUAAAUGCACAAGCAGCUGUUUUAUGAUUCUUCUGUGGCUACUGUUAAAAACUAGUUUUCAGUCAAUGAUAUCCGAUAUGGUUAUUUCUUAUGUUUCUGUAUAUUUGAUCAUUGCUCUGCAAAACAAACCAUUAAAAAGAUUUUAUAAAAAAGAUUGACAUACAGCAGAUAAAAAAUCAUUCUGUGAAUAAACAAGCUUCUCAUCAA